AUGCGUUUGCUCAGGCUUUUCCCUUACCUGUCAGCAACAGUCUCCUUCUUGCUCAUUGCUCGGAUCGCGUUAUGUCAGAUUCACGGUCCUCGAUUCCGCUUUGACAACCAGGGUAACGGCAACGUCAACCAGGAGGAUUUGCCCGAAACCCCCGAACAGCGACAGAAUGACCUUCAUUGGGGGUUCCAUGAAGCCCUAAUGCUCGCGAGACUGGUCGCGGUCACCUUCAACCCUUGCGAACCUGUGUACCUCCGCUAUUUCAAACCAGAGGAAGCCGUCUUUGUCAGGAACGCGUUCUACACCAUCGCCAACAUCCCGCUCGAUGGCCCUCCUCCAGAUCCGACCGAUAUCAACCAAUUCAUCUCUGGCUUCGGGCAGAACCAAGUCAACCCCAAGUUCGACCUCUUGACAAUAUCCAUCAACGACAACAGCGCCAUUGGUAGAUACGAUCCAAUGUGUUCAGUCAUGCCGGGCUUUCAGGCAUACUUUGAGCAGCGGAUUGACGAGCUGGGGCCACCAGGCUUCAUGUCCCUCUGCGAUUACGCCUUCAGUCACCCAUCACUCGCCGACAUUGAAAAUCCGCCAGCCUGGGCAAGAGAUCCCACUGGAGCUCCCGAACCCGGCGGGAUUAUGCUGCAUGAGCUCUUCCACUGGACCUACCUCUUCGAGGACAUUCCGCAGUUUGAGCACUUUAUUGCCUUGGACGAGGAACUCAUACGCGUGAUCGAUGACUGGAAGGGUCCGUUCCCGCCGGAUGGUUAUGGUCCCUUUCACGCCAUGCUGGUCAACACCCUCCCCAUGCAACCUCUCGUGGCGUUCCCAUCCACCAACAAUGCCGAUAAUUAUGUCUACUACGCGCUAUCGAAGUGGUGGUCGUUCAAGUGCCAACGGGCCUUUGGUCCCGCAGUCGAUGAAGACGACGGCUAUCGACGCGAUUACCCACGUUAUUAA